ACACUGAAAUCUGCCCAGAGAAUUUGUGUCACUGCCCUAGUGCCUACUAUCAAAUCACUUUGGGCAGGCUUCACCGUACGGCCGGUGCUGGACAGGUGAAUGACUCAGGAUGGAAAAUGUACUCUAAAGGUUUUCCAUAAAAUACAUACAGAUCCCUAUAAAACUCUCUGAGUGAAGAUGGCUUUCUUCAAGAACAACUUCUGGGGGGACAAGAAUGCAGGUUUUGACUUGCUGUACCACAACAUGAAGCAUGGCCAGAUUGCGACCAAGGAGCUGGCAGAGUUUGUCCGCGAGAGGGCUGCCAUCGAGGAAACCUACUCCAAGUCCAUGAGCAAAAUGGCCAAGAUGGCAAGCAAUGGAAGCCCACUAGGGACGUUUGCCCCUAUGUGGGACGUGUUCCGGGUGUCAUCAGACAAGCUGGCUCUCUGCCACCUUGAGCUGAUGCGCAAGAUGAACGACCUCAUCCGGGACAUCAACAAAUAUGGUGACGAGCAGGUCAAAGUUCACCGCAAGACCAAGGAGGAACAGGUGGGGACCCUGGAGGCUGUUCAGGCAGUUCAGGUCCAGAAUGGUCACCUCCAGAAGUCCAGGGAGGGAUACCACUCCAAGUGUAUUGAGCUGGACAGACUGAGGAAAGAGGGAGCCCCCCAGAAAGAACUGGAGAAGGCGGAGCUGAAGUCUAAGAAAGCCGGCGAGUUGUUUGCUGUGUGUAUAGAGAAGUAUAACCGCGUGGGAGGAGACUUCGAGCAGAAGAUGAGUGAAUCAGCUCAGAAGUUCCAGGACAUUGAGGAGGCCCACCUGAGGCAGAUGAAACAGCUUAUCAAGGGAUACUCUCACUCCAUAGAGGACACCCACGUCCAGGUGGGACAGGUCCAUGAGGAGUUCAAACAGAACGUGGAGAACAUCGGCAUAGAUAACCUCAUCCAGAGGUUUGCAGAGCAGAAGGGCACAGGGAAGGACAGACCAGCCCUGGUGGGGUUUGAGGAGUACAUGACAGCUUCAGUACCUGAGGGGAGUAAGAAGAGUCGAGGAAAAGCCUUCAGGAUUCCUGGACUGGGCAAGAGGGACAAAGAGCCAGACUCAACGGAUUCGGCUGUGACGGAGACACCAGUGAGUAACUCUCCCCUGGAGGUGGAUGAGGAGGGGUUUGUCAUCCGAGCCGACGUCAGUCAGAAUGGCUGCUCCACGGAGGACAAGGAGAACGACUUCUACUCCAGCGACUCUGACUUUGACGACGAGGAGCCCAAGAAGUUCCACAUUCAGAUCCGUCCGGUGGGCAGCAGCAGCAACUCUGCUGCUACAGAGAUGGAGCUGAAGGCCACCGUGGGGGCACUCACACUGCCCCCCAACAGAGGGGUGUCAGUGAAACGUUAUCGUUCCAGAAACAGCAGUACUACAGGCCGUUCAAAGGGGGAGGGAGAGGGCGCCCCCCACAGGGAGGGAGAGCAGGACGGCCUACGCAAUUCCAUCUCCAGUCCGGAUCACAGCAGGUUGAGUUCUACUGCGUCAGGCUCAGACAGUCUCUUUGGACCUCCUCUGGAGUCGGCCUUUAAGUCCAAAAGCUUUGCUGGUAGAGAUCAGCUACCGAGAGCAGAGAGUGUCUUUGGUGCAUCUGAAUAUGCUGCCUUCUCCACUGACUCCUCCUCUCCUGAGAAUGUAGAGGACUCUGGGCUGGACUCACCUUCCCAUCAGCCCCUGGGUCCCUCCCCUGAGACAGCUGGUUGGGCAGCGUGGCCAUCGGCAGGUCAGAGUAAAGAACCAGCAGGACUGGGCAGGCCAGCAGACCCCUUCCUUACUGCCUUUAGAGACCCCUCCUCAGGACGCAGCCCCCACUCCCCCCCAGGACGACCCAGCCAGUAUCUGGGCAGCUGCUCUACGGUCCCCCCACCCCCCUCCAGACAUGGACCUCUCAGCCCUCCGUUUCCCGGUCUUCUCCCAGUCCCUGGUCCCUCCAGAGCUGGACCCGGCUCUGUGGAGCUGUACGGAGCGACCCCUUUUCCAGUGACAGUAAAACCCUUCCCACCCCCUCAUUUUGCAAGGACAUGGACAGGAAACGGGACCGUAGCGUCCCGCCCCCCAGAAUCACCUGACGACCCAUUCGCCAUCACUAUGAUUGGCAGCCCCACCCACCAGUCAGCCCUGGCUGCCGCGACAGGGGUCCUGACCCACAGUGUCAGCAGUAGUAGGCUGACCCCCAACGCCAAAUCCCUCCCCUUAUCCCAGCCGAAGAAGGAGCUGGUCCACUGGAACUCUGUCCACAACCCCUUCAGUGAGGGGACCUCGGCUGGGUCUCUGGCCCUGGGUGGAGUGGUCAAUGAGGGAGGGAGGAAGCAACGCGAGUCAUGCAGUGAAAGCGAGCCACGCAGGAGCGGCCUGCCUCUCACACUGAAUUCUGGGCCACAGGAGGACCUGUGCUUCUCUACUGACAAAGACCAGAACUGUCUGGACCUGAAUGCUCCACAGCAAUCCUGCAACAUGGGCUCACACAAAGGUUCAAAGCAUAGCUUCAGGCAACACAGUGCAGAGCUGCUGGUGGCAGCCCCCCCCAGACCAGCCAGAGCCAAGAGGUCCUCAGGCAGACUGAGUGGCUGUGAGAGAUCCAGGUCAGUGUGCUCAUCUCCUCUGCCGGACCCCAGCCCGGACUUCACCUCAUCCUCCUCCUCCAGCCCUAGUGAGUGGGGGGCCCAGACCCAUGCCACCAGCCCUGCUAGAGUGCAUCUGUCUCGCGGGCCGAGCCCAAUCUCCCUGAGCACCCAGGAGUCCUGGCCUGUGGCUGCAGCCAUCACAGAAUACAUCAACGCUUACUUCAAAGGUGGACAGCAUAACCGCUGUUUGGUGAAGAUCACAGGAGAUCUCACCAUGUCUUUUCCUGCUGGAAUAAGUUGUAUCUUCACUGCUAACCCAAACGCCCCGGUCCUCAGCUUUCGAUUGGUCAACAUCUCCCGGGUUGACCACUUUCUGCCCAAUCAGAAGCUGCUCUACAGUGACCCCUCUCAGAGUGACCCAGACACCAGGGACUUCUGGUUUAACAUGCAGGCACUGAACCUUUACCUGCAGAGAGAGGCUGAGCUCAACCCCCUGGCCUCCUACUAUAACGUGGCCCUACUCAAGUACCAGGUGUCGUCCCAGGACCCUGGUCGUGCUCCCCUCCUGUUGUCAGCAGAGUGCCAGCGGAGUGGCACAGUGACACGUGUGUCCCUGGACUAUCACUGCUGCCCGGCCACCGCCCCCUCCACCCAGCUCACUGCUGUGCAGGUGUUGCUACCCCUCGACCACACCGCCACAGACCUGCAGUGCCAUCCCCCCGCAUCCUGGAAUACUAAGGAACGACGGCUACUGUGGAAGCUACCCAACCUCUCCCCCACCAACCAAAGCAAAGGCUCUGGCACUCUGUGUGCUAGCUGGCAGUGCCUAGAGGUUCCUCGCGGCCCUCCCCCCAGCCUGGCAGUCCAGUUUGUGGGAUCGGGUGCCUCCCUUUCGGGCAUGGACGUGGAGCUGGUGGGCAACCGUUACCGCAUGUCCCUGGUAAAGAAGAGAUUUGCAACAGGGAAGUACAUGGCAGGCUGUACCUUGUGAGGAGUAGUAGGAAUGCCCAGGUCACCGUUGGGAGUUCCUGGAGUACACAUUGCACUUUUAGGCCUCUGGGCCAUACCGACCUAGACGCCCAAGAGGGAGAGAAGACAGACCAGGAUGGUUUUGACGUUGGGACCACACAUCAUGCUCACUCUUUUCCCCCCAAACUUGUCGUGUAUGGUGUCCUGACCGCUAAGGACCAAACUCAUUUUGGGACCUUGACUUUAUUAUUUUUGUAUCUUUCAGCCCUGCGUCGUACACAUAAUCCUUCUCUCUUUGUACUGAAUCCUGUUCUGUUUGCAUUGUGUGCCUUUUAUCAGCAGUUUGAAAACUGGAUGUAAGAAGUUGGUUUUAUUGAAGAGAAAUUGUUUAUGAAUAAACAUACUACUUGUCAAACAGAA